AUGUUAUUUAGAUAAAAGGAGAGAGUACCAGAUAUUGGGAAACAUAACUUUAGAGAGUUUAUGAGAAGAGAAGAUGAUUCUUGUAUGAAUACUUAGAAUAUCUUACCAAUUUUCAGUAAUAGCACAAUUUAAGCUUAAACAAAGCAAUCGUAAAUAUUGUGAAACUUAAUUAAGUCAAACACCGUAAGCAUUAGAUGGAUCAAUAAAGAUGUUAGGAAAUACUUGGGAUGCAUAACAUUUAGGUAAGUUCCUAUAACAUAGUCAAUUUGCAUAAUUAGGUGCUAGAACUAUGAAAAUGGGAGAUACUUAAUAAAAUAUGACUAUGAAAAAUUAAAGUUUUUAUUUUCGAAGUUAGUAACCUAGAUUAAUUGAAGAUAAUGUAGAUUAUUUACAUCAACAUCCAAUUAAUCAUUUAAUAACAUAGCAUCCACUAUAAUCCACUAGUUAAUCUUUCUUGAAAAAAAAACUAUUAUAAAUUCCAGAAAAGCAAUUUGAUGAAACAAAAAUUAAUUAUUAAACUUAACCAGAACUUAAGAGACCUGAAGAUUAUCGUAAGGAUUUGUAAGAAGCUAAAUCAAAUUAAGUUAAAUAUCAUUAAUGGAGAUCUUAAUUUUAAGAUGUUAAUAAAGCAUAUAAGAAAGCUAAAUUAGGAUUUAAAUCUGGUUUAUAUGCUUUAGAUAAUCCAAAUAAUGAAUAAACGGAAUUGUAUAGAGAAGAACAUGAAAAACUUAAAAAAUAAGAUGAACAUAAAACUACAUAACAUUUUAAGAGAUUUAAGUGUAAAAUAGUAAUAUUACACAUAUAGCACUUGAGAGAUUUAAUUGUAGUAAUCCAUCAAUUGAGUUUGACAAUGUUAGACAUAUUAAAAAUUAACCUAAUCCAGAGGAUCCAUUAUUACAUUAAGGACAAUUCCCUUCCAAGAAUUUUGAGAUGCAUAAAGAUUGGAUGAAAAAACGAUCUGGCAAUUCCAAUUUUGAUACUUAAAAUAGAAUUUUUGGAAAAACAGAUAAUGAUAGAAAAGUUAAUACAUUUAGAGCUUAAUAUUUAAAAGAUUAAGAAAUGAGAGGAAGAGAAUACAAUGCCAUUACAUUAGUGAAAGAAUGA